AUGUGUGACUGUUUCAACCUGGGCUUCCCCAACUGGCAUGGCUCGCCGGGCACGGGGUCUGGACGAAGGCUGAAGGGACCAGAGCCUGACACUGUGGAUAAUUCAAUAUGUGAAGAGCCAUCUGAGUUUAUAGAGGGGGAGAGACCUCGCCCUCAAGGAUCCUCCCCUGUAGAUGAAUACCCUGAGACUGACAAAUACAAGGACAUUGAUAAACAGGGUGGAGGUGGGAGUGGCAAAAAAGGAAAGAGAGGUUUUGGAUCCCUGUUUGAAAAGCGCUCCCCUGCCAAGAUGAGUCAACUGGAGAGCCCAGAGUCGGGAGUGAUUGUGAAAAUGGCAAAAGAGACAUGUGCCGAGGGCCUCAUUGUGAGCGGAGGGAAGGAGGGAAUCUUCAUCAAGGAAGUGAGGCCAGAGUCACCAGCCUCAAAGCUUCUUAGUGUGCAUGAGGGUGAUCAGAUACUCAGUGCCACUGUGUAUUUUGAUGAUGUUACAUACGAAGAUGCCCUACAGAUAUUGGAACAUGCCCAGCCUUACAAGAUGGAGUUACUUCUGAAACGCAAACCAAUAAAGACAUCCACCCUUGAGAGUGAACCAGCCCUUGAAAUCAUCCAAGUGGAAGAAGGUUCCUCUCCAGAAAUGAGGGGACAUUCAAAGACAAAAAGGCAUGGUGACCGAAUCUCUUGGCCCAAGUUUCCCUCCUUCAGCAAAAGUCAAAAGUCCCAUUUUAAGAGGUCUCACAGUACCUCAGAGGCAGAUGAUAAGAGGAAGCUGGAGCUUAGCCCAACAACAAGUGACACAGAGUCGCCAAUCAAAUCUCAGGAGGCUGUCAAGGGCAAGACAAAGAAGCAUAAGAUAAAGUUAUCAAGCAUUAAGGGCCGCAAGAGCAUGUCUGUUGAACAGCCGGACCAGGACACAGACAUACUAACUGUAGAACGUGUGGAGGGUAUGGAAAACCAACAGAGUCAAGAUUACAUAUACUCACCGGAUGGUCCAGAGAGCGCAUCAGUAGAAACAUCUCAAGUAUAUGUGUUAGAAUCAGAAUCAGAAAAAAUUGAAUCCACCAAGAUAAGAAAUGAAUGCAUUCUUCCAGACCUGAUAGGCUCUGAAACCAAACAACACAAGGUAGAACUCAUUAGUCUGGACAAAACUUUGAAAACCACAGACAUAACAGUUGCUCUUGCUGAUCAAGAAAGUCCCUCAACCAAGAAAUCUCCAGAGAAAAAGAAGAAAGAGAAUAAAGAGAGGUCAGAACUAAAGUUUACAUUCAAGGGAAAUGAGAAAAAAGACAAACACAAGCAAGACAUACCUGUAAAAUCAUCCCUAAAAAGCCUUAAGACACCAAGAGCAGAUAUGAUAACAUCUGAUCUGUCUGGACAUGACAAUACAUUGCUGAGCCCAACUGUAGUAUCACAUACUGAGCUGGAGGAGUGUCAACUCCCAAUUGAUAUCAACACUCGAGUAAUCAGCAAUGAGAGUUCAGGGAAAACUCUACCCUCCACUGAUAUGGAAAUGAGCAUGCCAAAAGUAGACAUCUCCCUUGACAUGUCAGAUAUAGGACUUAUCAGGAAAUCCCCUCAGAUUGGACAAGAACAACACUUGAACGAAACAUAUGUUAAAACAGAUGUGAAUGCACAGGAAAUACAUGCUAAGGUCAUCAGUAUUACAAUGGAAACUGACUCGCAGAUGGAAAUACAAGCUUCAAAGUUACCUACAGAGAGAAGCAUUGAUGAUAUUUUAGCACAAAUUGGUACAAGAUCUGCUCCCAAGUUCAAACUGCCGAGGGUGGAUCUUGCUGACAUUGUUACUGACAAACCCAUAAGAAUGACAGACAUGAAGAUUGUAGAAAUGGACGUGAAAGGCCUUACAGUUGAGGAUAAGGGGUUGAAGAUACUUCCAAGCCGUGAGGAUAUUGAGAUCCCAGGCAUGGAAGAUGCAUCGUCAACUAGCACCAAGACCCCAGUGAUAAAACAGCCUAAAACAGCAUUCACGCUUCCUGUUGAAGAAAUCCAGACUGUACAGAUGGUUAUAGAUGUUGACAGAGUUAAAGAGGCUGUCUCCAAAUUGCCAGGGUUCAAGCUGCCGAAGGGUGACAUUGCAGGCCUGCCUGCUCAUCAAGAAAUCACAAUGACAGACGUGAAUGCAGAAAGAGUAAAUGUGACAGUAGAUGCCACCCUGUCUAAAAUCACAGACAUAAAGGCACAGUUGGACACGUAUGUCAAAAAGACUGACAUAAAUGCUUUACCAGAAAAGUUGAGCAGGAGCUCAGUUACCACAUUCAAAUUGCCAAAUAACCAACUUUCUGAUCCAGGUGCUUAUGAACCUAUUACUAUGACAGAAAUAGACCAUACAAAAACAAAACAGGAAGCUGGAAAGACCAAUGAGGAUGAAAUCAAAAUUGAACUCCAUAAACGAGAGAACGUAGAGAAAGCUGGAAUGGAAACUAUACAACAAAAAGGAACUCCCAACAAAGUGGAAAAGGAAAAAGAGACUGGUGAAAUUCUGGAACCUAAGUUGGCAGUACCAGUACCUGAGGGGCCAACCAUCACAGCUGAGCAGAAAAAUCGUAUACCUGCCACUUACACUAAAGGAUUAGAUAAGAAGUCAAAGAAAGCAAAUAUUUCAAUGCCUGGGUUUGGAAUAACACAACCGGAUAUUAGAUUCCCAGACAGUGGGAUUGGACUACCAAAAAGAGACACCUCUGUGGAAAAGAAGGAUGAGGUCAAAGACGAAAGCAGUGCAUUGCACCUUGAAAUGAAAAUGUCAGAGGCUGAAAUUAAACUCAGCAAAGUACCAGAUUCUGAAUAUUCCAUUAUCAAAACUCAUGUGACAAACCAUCAAACACCUACAAUAGGAACUUUAAGCUCAGAAACAAUGCCAGAGGUACCUUCAGCUGACAUUAAAGGAGCAGGUAUGGACAUUGAUGUCCAAUCUGUUGAUGUUGGGAGAGCAGACGUCCAACUACCUGAUGUUGAAGUCAAAGUGCCCUCCGUUGAAGUUGAAAUACCAGAAACAGUUUAUAAAGAUAUUGAUGUGAAAAUGAAAAAACAACGGAUGUCAUUCCCCAAGUCUGGAGUUAAAGCCCCAGAGAUUGAUGUUAGUGUGCCUAAACCAGACAUCUCUCUCCCAGAGGGAAACAUGGAGGUCAAAUUGCCUGAGGUGGAAAUUGAAGCUCCAGAGAUUCAAGUGGAAGUGAAAGACACUGUAGGCUCCCCCUCAAGAUUUAAAAUGCCAACUUUAAAAUUCCCUACAUUUGAAGCAGCUGCUCCAAUCGUCACAGUAGAGGUACCUGAUGUGGACAAGGAUAUCAAACUUCAUGGAACUGAAAGACCAGAACCCAAGCUCUCAAUAUCAGGAGAAAUACAUGCAGUUGAAAAACAUAGUGACUUUAAAAAACCUAGUGUUAAGAUCCCAUCUAUAGAUGUGGAUGUGAAGCGUAAAGGACUUGAACUGGAGGGACAAGGAAGCAAUUUUAAACUGCCAAAUCAGGGAAUUUCAUUACCAAAAGUAAAAGGUCCUGAGAUUGAUUUAGGUGUAUCGAAGAAAGACAUAGAUGUCACUUUACCAGAGACCAACGUGGAGAUCCAACCACCUGAUGUUGAACUCAAAGUGUCUUCUGAUGAAGUUGAAAUGCCUGAGGGAGCUGCUACAGAGAUUGAUGUGAAAGUGAAAAAGCCACGGAUUUCAUUUCCAUGGCUUGGAUUUUCAAAACCAGAAGUGAAAGCACGUGAGGUUGAUGUCAGUCUUCCAAAGGCAGAUAUUUCUCUUCCAGAAGGAAAUGUGGAGGUCAAAAAGCCAGAGGUGGAAAUGACAUCUCCAGAGAUUCAAGUUGAAGUGAAACAUGAUAUUGAGUUUGAGGGACAAGGAAGUAAGUUCAAACUACCCAAAUUUGGAAUCUCAAUGCCAAAGGUAAAAGAUCCUGAGAUUGAUUUAAGUGUAUCAAAGAAAGUCAUAGAUGUCACUUUACCAGAGGCCAAAGUGGAGGUCCAACCACCUGUUGUUGAAGUCGAAGUGCCUUCUGGUCAAGUUCAAAAGCCAGAGGGAGCUGCUACAGAGAUUGAUGUGAAAAUGAAGAAGCCACGAACGUCAUUUGGAUGGUUUUCAAAACCAGAAGUGAAAGCACCGGAAGUUGAUGUCAGUCUUCCAAAGGUGGGCAUUUCGCUUCCUGAGGGAAAAGUGGAGGUCAAAGAGCCAAAAGUGGAAUUUAAAGCUCAAGAGAGUCAAGUUGAAGUGAAACAUGAUAUUGAGCUUCAUGGACAAGGAAGUAAGUUCAAACUGCCAACAUUUGGAAUUUCAUUGCCAAACGUUAAAGGUCCUGAAAUGGACUUAAGUUGGUCAAAAACAGAUGUAGAUGUCGAACUACCUGAUAUUGAAGUCAAAGUGCCCUCUGUUGAUGUUGAAAUACCAGAAGCAGUUUCAAAAGACAUUAAUGAGAAAAUGAAAAAGCCACGAAUGUCAUUCCCCAAAUUUGGAUUUUCAGAAGUGAAAGCACCUGAGGUUGAUGUCAGUCUUCCAAAGGUAGACAUUUCUCUUCCAGAGGGAAAGGUGGAGGUCAAAGAGUCAGAGGUGGAAAUUAAAGCUCCAGAAAUUCAAGUUGAAAUGAAACAUGGUAUUGAGCUUCAGGGACAAGGAAGUAAGUUCAAACUACCAACAUUUGGAAUCUCAUUGCCGAAAGUUAAAGGCCCUGAAAUUGACUUAAGUGUGUCAAAGACAGAUGUAGAUGUCGAUUUACCAGAGAGAAGAGCAGAACUCCAACUACCUGAUGUUGAAGUUGAAAUACCAGAAGCAGUUUCUAAAGAUAUGGAUGUGAAAAUGAAAAAGCCCAGAAUGUCAUUCCCCAAAUUUGGAUUUUCAAAACCAGAAGUGAAAGCACCUGAUGUUGAUGUCAGUCUUCCAGAGGUGGAUAUUUCUCUUCCAGAGGAAAAGGUGGAAGUCAAAGAGCCUGAGGUGGAAAUUGAAGCUCCAGAGAUUCAAGUUGAGGUGAAAGAUACCAUAGGCUCCCCCUCAAGAUUCAAAAUGCCAACGUUAAAAUUCCCUCAAUUUGGAGCAGAAAUUAACUUUGAAAGGCCAAGUGUUGACCUUAAAGACCCAUCUAUAGAUGUGGAUCGGAAGAGUAAAAUACUUGAAAUUGUCACUUUACCAGAGGCCAGCGUGGAGGUCCAACCACCUAGCAUUGAACUCAAAGUGCCUUCUGGUGAAGAUGAAAUUCCUGAGGGAGUUGCUACAGAAAUGGAUGUAAAAAUGAAAAAGCCACGGAUGUCAUUUGGAUGGUUUUCAAAACCAGAAGUGAAAGCACCGGAGGUUGAUGUCAGUUUUCCAAAGGUGGACAUUUCUCUUCCAGAAGGAAAGGUGGAGGUCAAAGAGUCAGAGGUGGAAAUUAAAGCUCCAGAAAUUCAAGUUGAGGUGAAAGAUACCGUAGGCUCCCCUUCAAGAUUCAAAAUGCCAACUUUAAAAUUCCCUAAAUUUGGAGCAGGUGCUCCAAACAUCACAGUAGAGAUACCUGAUGUGGACAAGGACAUCAAGGUUCAUCGAUCUGAAAUACCACAACCCAAGCUGACAAUGUCAGAAAUUAACAUUGAAAAGCCAAGUGUUGACCUUAAAGGCCUAUCUAUGGAUGUGGAUGUGACGAGUAAAAAACUUGAAAUUGUCACUUUAACAGAGGCCAGCGUGGAGGUCCAACCAGCUAGAGUUGAACUCAAUGUGUCUUCUGGUGAAGUUGAAAUGCCUGAGGGCGCUGCUACAGAGAAUGUUGUGAAAAUGAAAAAGCCACGAAUGACAUUUGGAUGGUUUUCAAAACCAGAAGUGAAAGCACCGGAGGUUGAUGCCAGUCUUCCAAAGGUGGACAUUUCUCUUCCAGAGGGAAAGGUGGAGGUCAAAGAGCCAGAGGUGGAAAUUAAAGCUCCAGAAAUUCAAGUUGAAAUGAAACAUGGUAUUGAGCUUCAGGGACAAGGAAGUAAGUUCAAACUACCAAAAUUUGGAAUCUCAUUGCCGAAGGUUAAAGGUCCUGAAAUUGACUUAAGUGUGUCAAAGACAGAUGUAGAUGCCGACUUACCAGAGAGAAGAGCAGAUUUUCAACUACCUGAUGUUGAAGUCGGAGUGCCCUCUGUUGAAGUUGAAAUACCAGAAGCAGUUUCUAAAGAUAUUGAUGUGAAAAUGAAAAAGCCACGAAUGUCAUUCCCCAAAUUUGGAUUUUCAAAACCAGAAGUGAAAGCACCCAAGGUUAAUGUCAGUCUUGCAAAGGUGGACAUUUCUCUUCCAGAGGGAAAGGUGGAGGUCAAAGAGCCUGAGGUGGAAAUUGAAGGUUCAGAGAUUCAAGUUGAAAUGAAACAUGAUGUUGAACAUGAGGGACAAGGAGGUAUAUUCAAACUACCAACAUUUGGAAUGUCAUUGCCAAAGGUAAAAGGUCCUGAGAUUGAUUUAAGUGUAUCGAAGAAAGACAUAGAAGUCACCUUACCAGAGGCCAGCGUGGAGGUCCAACCACCUAGCGUUGAACUCAAAGUGCCUUCUGGUGAAGUUGAAAUGCCAGAGGGAGCUGCUACAGGAAUUGAUGUGAAAAUGAAAAUGCCACGGAUGUCAUUUGGAUGGUUUUCCAAACCAGAAGUGAAAGCACCUGAGGUUGAUGUCAGUCUUCCAGAGGUGGAUAUUUCUCUUCCAGUGGAAACGGUGGAAGUCAAAGAGCCUGAGGUGGAAAUUGAAGCUCCAGAGAUUCAAGUUGAGGUGAAAGAUACCGUAGGCUCCCCUUCAAGAUUCAAAAUGCCAACUUUAAAAUUCCCUAAAUUUGGAGUAGGUGCUCCAAACAUCACAGUAGAGAUACCUGAUGUGGACAAGGACAUCAAGGUUCAUGGAUCUGAAAUACCACAACCCAAGCUGACAAUGUCAGCAUUUGACAUUGAAAAGCCAAGUGUUGACCUUAAAGGCCUAUCUAUGGAAGUGGAUGUGAAGAGUAAAAAACUUGAAAUUGUCACUUUAACAGAGGCCAGCGUGGAGGUCCAACCAGCUAGAGUUGAACUCAAAGUGUCUUCUGGUGAAGUUGAAAUGUCUGAGGGCACUGCUACAGAGAAUGUUGUGAAAAUGAAAAAGCCACGGAUGACAUUUGGAUGGUUUUCAAAACCAGAAGUGAAAGCACCGGAGGUUGAUGUCAGUCUUCCAAAGGUGGACAUUUGUCUUCCAGAGGGAAAGGUGGAGGUCAAAGAGCCAGAGGUGGAAAUUAAAGCUCCAGAAAUUCAAGUUGAAAUGAAACAUGGUAUUGAGCUUCAGGGACAAGGAAGUAAGUUCAAACUACCAACAUUUGGAAUCUCAUUGCCGAAGGUUAAAGGUCCUGAAAUUGACUUAAGUGUGUCAAAGACAGAUGUAGAUGUCGACUUACCAGAGAGAAGAGAAGAUUUUCAACUACCUGAUGUUGAAGUCGGAGUGCCCUCUGUUGAAGUUGAAAUACCAGAAGCAGUUUCUAAAGAUAUUGAUGUGAAAAUGAAAAAGCCACGAAUGUCAUUCCCCAAAUUUGGAUUUUCAAAACCAGAAGUGAAAGCAUCCAAGGUUAAUGUCAGUCUUGCAAAGGUGGACAUUUCUCUUCCAGAGGGAAAGGUGGAGGUCAAAGAGCCAGAGGUGGAAAUUGAAGGUUCAGAGAUUCAAGUUGAAAUGAAACAUGAUGUUGAACAUGAGGGACAAGGAGGUAUAUUCAAACUACCAACAUUUGGAAUGUCAUUGCCAAAGGUAAAAGGUCCUGAGAUUGAUUUAAGUGUAUCGAAGAAAGACAUAGAAGUCACCUUACCAGAGGCCAGCGUGGAGGUCCAACCACCUAGCGUUGAACUCAAAGUGCCUUCUGGUGAAGUUGAAAUGCCAGAGGGAGCUGCUACAGGAAUUGAUGUGAAAAUGAAAAUGCCACGGAUGUCAUUUGGAUGGUUUUCCAAACCAGAAGUGAAAGCACCUGAAGUUGAUGUCAGUCUUCUAAAGGUGGACAUUUCGCUUCCAGAGGGAAAUGUGGAGGUCAAAGAGCCUGAGGUGGAUAUGAAAGCUCUGGAGAGUCAAGUUAAAAUGAAACACAAAGGUUUAUCAGUUGAUGGAAAACUAGAAACAUCAGAGAUGGAAUUAAAAAUGGCAACAUUCAAAUUCCCUACAUUUGGUGCAACGUCAAAGGUGGUAGUCGAUGUCUCUGAUAAAGAGAAGGAUAUUAAAGUGCCUGGGGUAGAAAUUCCAGAUCAAGUACUAGGAGCUUCAUUACAAGUUGAUUUACCAGAACCCGGGGAUACAGUUGACAUUACAGGAUCUAGAGAAGUACAGCUACAUGAUGCUGGAUCUGAAAGGCCCUCAGUUGAAGGAGGAAUGGCAAUAGCCGAUGUGGAUGUUCAUGAUGUUGAAAUUUCAAAACUGACAAUUGAUGAUAAAGGCCAUGGCUCACCCAGCAAAGGUCAAGGCUCACCCAGCAAAGGUCAAGGCUCGCCUAGUAAAUUCAAACUUCCAACCUUCAAAAUGCCCAGAUUGAGCAUUUCAAAAUCCAAACCUGAGAAUGAACAUGAUGAUAUAAAUCCAAAUGUUAUUUUGGAGAAUUAUGAGAUUCAAGUGGAACCACAAGGACCAGAGAAAUCACCAAAGUUGACUUUGACAACAUUUGGGGAGGUAUUAAGAAGCAUUGAUGUUGAAUUUGAUGUUCCCACAUUAGAGGAAGUGGAAGAGAAGCUCACUGGCUCAAGGGAAGAUAUAACAGCCUCAGGAAAAACCAAACUAAAUGCUCAAACCAGUGUUGUAACCCAGUCUGUGCAUAAAGAGGAAGAAGCCAAAGAAAAAUCUACAUUUGGGUGGUUUAAGUUUCCCACAUUUGGACUAUCUUCUCCUUCAGAAUCUGCCAAGAUUUUAGAAAAAGUCACUUCUGAGAAAGAAGGAAGUGAGAAAAGCCCUGACUCUGUGGAACAGGACGUCAGCUUGACCUUUUCAGUACACUCAUCUGAUGCUUUUGCAGAUAUCAGUUCAACAGUCACAAGCGAACAAUUUGGUCCAUCAUUGGCCUCUCCAACCAAAGUCACAGUGAAAUACUCUGACCCUAUUGCCACUGAGGUACAGGGUGAUGUCAUUACCUCCACAAAAAUGAUCUCCUUUGAACCCUACUUGGCAGAGAAAGUCACCAUUCCAAUGUCCUCCGGAGCUUCCUCCUCAUCAGUGGACACCCUAAAAUUGGAGACUGGUACACAUGUCAGCACAUCCAAUAUACAAGCAAUACCAGACACACAGAAGGCAACACUCUUAACAGAUUGUGGAUUGCAGACAGGGACCGCUGGAGUUUCUUCUGCAACUUGGUCAGUGGACGACACCAACAAAACACAGAGUGAUGGUCAAACAGUUAUUGAGAGGCAUGUAGUUAGGGAAAUGUCAGGCACUGACAGGGAAACGGUUUUCAUAACCCAAAAAGUUACACAUGUGUUUGGGGCUGAGCCCAUCUCAGAUGAAACAGCCUCAUCUAUCAAACAGAUGAAAUACACUAUGCACUCUGAGAAAAUGAAAUUUUUUGAUGGGGCUGAAUUGGAGUGACUGGGAGGAAUACAGUAUGAUAAAUCCCUCCAUUGAGGAGUAAUAUCAGUCAGAUUAUUAUUGUGCUCUUAAUAAUUGUGCUUUAAUUUAUGACAGAGUUUCAAUAUAUACAGUUCAAUGUUUUGAGUGUUUACUUAGUACACUAUAAGUACACAAAUUGGUGUACAAGCCCAUGAUACAGGUAGCGAUGUAAAAGCCAACUUCGUCACUUUAAUGUAAUUACUACCACUGAGACCAGGGCAAUUCCACAGUAACAGAGUGAGCGCAGCUAGGUUUCCAACCAAUUGGCGUCAAAUUUUAAUGUGAAUAUUCAAAAAUCUAUAUAAAGAAAAUAUGUAACUUUCAAAAUACAUAAAUCAUCCCCGUAUGAUGCACUUUGCAGCAUACAUGGAUGAUUUUGAUAUUUUUAAAGUUACAUAUCUUGAAAUCUUGAUUGCUGACAAGCAAAACAUUUUGGGACUAUGUCAA